UGCGGACCGCGAGCGAAGGCUGAGAGCGCCGCCGCCGGAGAAGACUGUCGCUCGGCAAGAUCCAGCCAGCGGCGUCCCGGCUUGGCUGGCUAUUUCCCGCCCCAGCCUCAGCCCCCGCCCCCGCCCCUGCCGUCGCAGACACUGACCAGGCGGGUGCGGAGGAACGCUAGAUCCCUUGGCCCUGCGGGAUCCGGCUGGGCCCGGAUCCGCGGCUCGGGAGGGUCUGGAAGUUUGGCAGAGUGUGGUCAGGCUGGGGGAGAAGACACCUGGGGAAUUCAGCGUCUCUGAGGCAACCAGUGAAGGAAAGAGCUCAUUUGGCACCAGAGAGUGAGCAAAGAGCUAAAUACUCUGCCUCCUUCUCCCAGGCGAGGGGUGAGUGAUUCUAAGGUUCCCCAGGAAGCCAUGAUAUUCUCCUUUCCAUUGUGGUUUUGGGAGCAUGAAGGCAUUGCUUACACCCUAUAUCUGGUUCACUGUAUGUAGGCUGGGAGUGUCUGCUCACUGCUUGGUGUGCUGUCCUCUGGAACAUCAGGAAUAAGAUUGAGAAUACUUGCAGUGGACCAUGAGUUGGUAAUGCCCACUGAGGACCUCUGGGAGCCAUGUCAGACGAAUCUGCCUCAGGGAGCGAUCCAGACCUGGACCCGGACGUGGAGCUGGAGGAUGCGGAAGAGGAGGAGGAGGAGGAGGUGAUGGCAGUGGAGGAGCAUGACAGGGAUGAUGAGGAAGACCUACUGGAUGACUUAUCCCUGGAAAGCAUGUGUGGUUCUGAGCAUGCCCAGCUGGGGGAAGAUGGACAGCGACCACCACGGUGCACUUCAACUACCUCAUCUCAGUCUGAGCCUUCAGAGCAGCUUAGGCACCACCAAGGCAAGAUCCUAGCCUCUGAGGACCCCAAAAAGAAGAGAGCCCAGAAGCCCUCUCACAUGAGGAGAAACAUAAGAAAGCUACUCCGGGAGGAUCAGUUGGAGCCUGUUACCAAAGCAGCACAGCAGGAAGAGUUGGAAAGGAGGAAGCGCCUGGAACAGCAGAGGAAAGAUUAUGCAGCUCCCAUUCCUACUGUUCCCCUGGAGUUCCUCCCUGAGGAAAUUGUCUUAAGAGCAAGUGAUGGUCCUCAAUUGCCUCCUCGGGUCUUGUCCCAGGAAGUCAUUUGCUUGGACAGUAGCAGUGGCAGUGAGGAUGAAAAAAGCAGUCGAGAUGAGGUGAUUGAACUGAGCUCUGGAGAGGAGGAUACUCUGCACAUUGUAGACAGCAGUGAGUCUGUUAGCGAGGAGGACGAGGAAGAGGAGAAGGGUGGCACUCAUGUGAAUGAUGCCUUAAACCAGCAUGAUGCUCUUGGGCGAGUCCUCGUCAACCUCAACCACCCUCCAGAGGAGGAGAAUGUCUUCCUGGCCCCACAGUUGGCAAGAGCUGUGAAACCUCAUCAGAUUGGUGGGAUCCGGUUCCUGUAUGAUAACUUGGUGGAGUCCCUGGAGAGGUUUAAGACCAGUAGUGGCUUUGGCUGUAUCCUAGCCCACAGCAUGGGUCUGGGGAAAACUUUGCAAGUGAUCUCCUUCAUUGAUGUUCUUUUUCGCCACACGCCAGCCAAAACCGUCCUUGCCAUUGUGCCGGUUAAUACCCUCCAGAAUUGGCUGGCAGAGUUCAACAUGUGGCUCCCAGCUCCUGAAGCCCUUCCAGCUGACAACAAGCCCGAAGAAGUCCAGCCUCGGUUUUUUAAAGUUCACAUUCUGAACGAUGAGCACAAGACAAUGGCAUCUCGUGCUAAAGUGAUGGCUGAUUGGGUCUCAGAGGGAGGGGUGCUGCUGAUGGGGUACGAGAUGUACAGACUUCUCACUUUGAAGAAAUCCUUUGCUACAGGUAGACCUAAGAAAACCAAGAAACGCUCUCACCCUGUUAUCAUUGAUCUGGAUGAGGAAGAUCGACAGCAGGAGUUUCGGAGAGAGUUUGAGAAGGCCUUAUGCCGCCCUGGUCCUGAUGUGGUAAUCUGUGACGAGGGACACCGCAUCAAAAACUGCCAGGCCAGCACUUCCCAGGCUCUGAAGAACAUACGCUCUCGCCGCCGGGUGGUGCUGACCGGGUACCCCCUGCAGAAUAACCUCAUCGAGUACUGGUGCAUGGUGGACUUCGUGCGCCCAGACUUUCUGGGCACACGGCAAGAAUUCAGCAACAUGUUUGAGCGCCCAAUCCUGAAUGGUCAGUGUAUUGACAGCACACCUCAGGAUGUCCGCCUCAUGCGGUAUCGGAGUCAUGUCCUGCACAGCCUCCUGGAGGGGUUUGUGCAGAGGAGAGGUCACACUGUGCUGAAGAUUCAUCUCCCUGCCAAGGAAGAGAAUGUGAUCCUGGUGCGACUCUCUAAGAUCCAGAGAGAUUUGUAUACACAGUUCAUGGACCGCUUCCGAGACUGUGGGAGCAGUGGCUGGCUGGGGCUGAACCCUCUCAAGGCUUUCUGUGUGUGUUGCAAGAUCUGGAAUCAUCCUGAUGUGUUGUAUGAAGCCCUUCAGAAGGAGAGCCUGGCCAAUGAGCAAGACCUAGAUGUAGAAGAGCUCGGCUCAGCUGGGACCAGUGUCCGCUGCCCACCCCAGGGAACAAAAGUCAAAGGCGAGGAUAGCACUUUGGUUUCCUCGGUGGGAGAGGCCACCAAUAGCAAGUUCCUCCAAGGAGUUGGCUUCAACCCUUUCCAGGAGCGAGGCAACAAUAUUGUUACAUAUGAAUGGGCUAAGGACCUUCUGACUAACUAUCAAACUGGAGUCUUAGAGAACUCUCCCAAGAUGGUACUCCUUUUCCAUUUGAUUGAGGAAAGUGUGAAGCUUGGGGACAAGAUCCUUGUGUUCAGCCAGAGCCUGUCCACCUUAGCUCUCAUUGAGGAGUUCCUAGGGAAACGAGAAGUUCCCUGUCUGCCUGGCAUAGAGGGGCAAGGAGCACAGAAGUGGGUUCGAAAUGUCAGCUACUUCCGGCUGGAUGGUAGCACCCCUGCCUUUGAGAGGGAGCGGCUCAUUACUCAGUUCAAUGACCCCAGCAACCGAAGCACCUGGCUAUUCCUUCUCUCUACGAGGGCUGGAUGCUUGGGUGUGAAUCUGAUUGGUGCCAACCGAGUGGUGGUAUUCGAUGCUUCCUGGAAUCCUUGCCAUGAUGCCCAGGCAGUAUGUCGAGUAUACCGUUAUGGCCAGAAAAAGCCCUGCUACAUCUAUCGCCUGGUGGCUGAUUACACUCUUGAAAAGAAGAUCUAUGACCGUCAGAUCUCCAAGCAGGGCAUGUCAGAUCGAGUGGUAGAUGAUCUAAAUCCAAUGCUGAACUUUACUCGGAAGGAAGUAGAAAACCUACUGCACUUUGUUGAAAAGGAGCCAGCUCCCCAAGCAUCCUUGAACAUAAAGGGGAUCAAGGAGUCAGUGCUGCAACUUGCCUGUCUGAAGUACCCUCACCUCAUCACCAAGGAGCCUUUUGAGCAUGAAUCAUUGCUCCUCAACCGAAAGGAUCACAAGCUGACCAAGGCUGAGAAAAAAGCAGCCAAAAAAAGCUAUGAGGAAGACAAACGCACAUCAGUCCCCUAUACUCGCCCAUCAUAUGCACAAUAUUACCCUGCCAGUGACCAGAGCCUGACCAGCAUCCCUGCCUUCAGUCAGAGGAACUGGCAGCCAACACUGAAGGGUGAUGAAAAGCCUGUGGCCAGUGUUCGUCCUGUACAGUCCACCCCCAUCCCCAUGAUGCCGCGGCACGUCCCACUUGGGGGCAGUGUGAGCUCUGCCUCCAGCACAAAUCCAUCCAUGAACUUCCCGAUCAACUACUUGCAGCGAGCAGGAGUUCUUGUCCAGAAAGUGGUCACUACAACAGAUAUUGUUAUUCCUGGACUAAACAGCUCCACAGAUGUUCAGGCAAGAAUUAAUGCUGGUGAGAGCAUUCAUAUCAUCCGUGGGACAAAAGGGACAUACAUCCGUACCAGUGAUGGGCGGAUCUUUGCUGUCCGGGCAACUGGCAAACCAAAGGCCCCUGAAGAUGGUCGGAUGGCUGCCUCAGGUUCCCAGGGGCCUUCUCAUGAGUCCACAAGCAAUGGCAGACACAGUGCCUCAUCACCCAAAGCUCCAGACCCUGAUGGGCUGGCCAGGCCUGUCUCUCCUGACAGCCCGGAGAUCAUCAGUGAGCUCCAGCAGUACGCAGAUGUGGCUGCUGCUCGGGAAUCCCGGCAGAGCUCCCCAAGCACCAACGCCACCCUACCUGGCCCCCCAGCCCAACUCAUGGAGACCAGUGCUGUUCCUGGGACAGCUCUUGGAACUGAGCCACGGCUUGGGGGUCAUUGCCUCAAUAGUUCCCUCUUGGUGACUGGCCAGCCCUAUGGUGGCAGGCACUCAGUGCUGGACUUAAGGGGCCACAAACGAAAGUUGGCCACUCCACCUACCGCCCAGGAGUCAUCCCGCCGGCGGUCCAGGAAAGGCCAUUUGCCAGCCCCCAUGCAGCCGUAUGAACACGGGUAUCCAGUCUCUGGCGGUUUUGCCAUGCCACCUGUCUCCUUAAACCAUAACCUCACCACCCCCUUCACCUCCCAGGCAGGGGAGAACUCCCUGUUUAUGGGUAGUACCCCAUCCUACUACCAGCUGUCCAAUUUGCUGGCAGAUGCCCGCCUGGUGUUUCCAGUGACUACUGACCCUCUGGUGCCAGCAGGCCCUGUCAGUUCCUCUUCCACGGCUACCUCAGUCACUGCCAGCAACCCCUCCUUCAUGCUCAACCCCUCUGUACCAGGGAUACUCCCCAGCUAUUCACUCCCUUUCUCACAACCACUCCUGUCCGAGCCGAGGAUGUUUGCGCCUUUUCCUUCCCCUGUUUUGCCCAGCAACCUCUCACGGGGCAUGUCUGUCUACCCUGGCUACAUGUCCCCACAUGCAGGCUACCCAGCUGGUGGCCUUCUCCGGUCCCAGGUGCCUCCAUUUGACUCACAUGAGGUUGCUGAGGUGGGCUUCAGCUCCAAUGAUGAUGAGGAUAAGGAUGACGAUGUGAUAGAAGUCACUGGGAAAUAGCUGGGAAGCCCCUCCCCACCUCAUUUGGGGGUUCCAGCAGUUUGCCCACCAUGCUGGAAAACAGUGAUCUGGGCUCCUGAGAAUAGGAUACUUGGCAAGAUGGAAAAGGAAGAAGACAAAGAAGAAUAGUUGGCUAGAGUGGCAGAGCUCUGUUGCUGUUUAACAAAAAAGGCAAAAAAAAAAAAAAAAAAAAAUUUCAACAGAGCAGCAAUAGCAGGAAAUCAGGGACCCAAAACUGGGAUGGGGGGGGUGGGUAGGGUAGCUGCCUGCCUCUCUUCCUUCCUGCCUAGCUUUUGCUGUCUGCUUGCUGUUUUGCCCACCUGAGUGUAGAAGCUCAUAUCCCCUUUCUGGCUUUGGGAACAUUCUCUCCCAGUAGAGCUACCUUACCAGGUGACUAGCUUGGCCUGGGGAGGGGAGGGGCGGAGGAAGGGCGGGAAGGUGAGUGAGACAAGGAGGGUGGGCAGAGGGAGCAGACUGAGAUCCUGUGUGAAGUGGGGUCUUUUUAGGGUUUGGGAAGGAAGCAGACCAGGUAUGUGUGAGUGUAUGUGCGAGUGUUAAGUGUGUGUGUAACAUGGCAGGGUGAGUUGGGAGGGGAGGGAGGGAAGAAGUAAGGGGAAAUUUAAAAAAAUGAAUUUAUCUUUUUUAAAAUGGAAAUCAAGAGUGUGGUGGUUCAUGGCAACUAUUACUGGAACAUCCAGGUGAGCCCAGAAGAGCCAUGGAAGUCGCACGUUUCCUUCUAGCUGGGUGAAAAGAAGGCUCAGCUAACUCAAGUCGCUGGUUUUCAGAGCCACAUUUGUUUUAGAAUUUGGGGAAAACUAUGAGAGAACAUGGGCAUUACCAAUCUCUGUCUCUUUCCCCAUGUCCAUCUCUGAGCAGAUCUCCCCUCCUCAGUGAGAGGGAAAAGCACUGCAGUGUGAGGGAGAGGUCAUGGAGUUGUGGCUGGAAGACAUUAUUCACAAGGGCGGAACUAAACCCCCAGCUGCCUAUCGUGGUGGCCUUUCCUCUUCUUUCCUCCUUCCACGUUAGAGAGCUCCAUGUUAAUUUAUUUCUUAUGGGAAAUUAUUUAUUAUUUGGAUUUUUGAUGUGUCUUUUUUUUUUUUUUUUUUUUUUUUUUUUUGGUGGUGGUGGUGGGAGGUUUGGGAUAUAGAGGGUGGGAGGUAGAGAGGGAAAUUGUAAGAUAUUCUGGACCCCAUAGCUCCUGGUGAAAAAAUAUCCUGGGUGGAUGCUGAAUUGACCAGGAAAAGAGGAUCAGCCAGGGGUUAAACAGCCAUGUUUUGGGUCUCGGGGUGUGAGAGAAUCUUGAGACUGGUGCUGAGACUCAUUCCACAGAGAUCCAAAACUUGGGAUCAUGGAGUUUGUUUGCUAUUGGGAAAUAAAUGACCCCCAAAUAUGGAGCUGUGUCUUCAGAUGAUCUUAGAGGGCAGCUCUCUAUGCUGAAUAGUGGAACUGUAGGUAUGCAGCUGCUGAGUUGGGGGAGUGGAUGAUUGAUUCCUGUUAGGAAUCAAUAGCUUCCCCAGCUUGUCAGGUAAACAUUGUAGGUCUGGUGUCUGCUGCCUCCAUCUUGGAAGGAGCCAGAAGGAACCUUUCCUCUGUAGCAGCCUUAGGUCUGGCUUUUGUCUUAGAAGAACAGGAACACAGUAUUCAUUCUGGUAUUUUCUUCUUUGCUGACAAUGCCAGGGAAGGGGCAUCUAGUACUUAAGCAUAACACUGGCUGUCUUCUAUUGGUGUAUACUGUUGUUCCCUUUCACACUCACUCUCUCUCUCUCUCUCUCUCUCUCUCUCUCUCUCUCUCUCUCUCUCUCAUAUUUUGCCAGGUAGCUCUUUCUGAUGAACAAAUUUUGGCUGGCUUUAGAGCCACCUACCCAUGGCUUCUCUCUUGAUUGGGCAUUUGCUGCACCUGCCUCUUCCUAGCCCAGGUGAUUGGCAGCUUAACCUCCUGUACCUCUUUUGAUCAGCUUGUUUCUCCAUUGUUGGGGACCCUUAGUAUACUCGGGGGUAUUGUUCCUAGUAAAGAGACCAGGAGAUGGCUGCUGUGUGUGUAUAUAUGUGUCUGUGUGUAUGUCUGUGUCUGUGUGUCUACCCAUGUUUGUAUGCUGUCCAGUAACACCAAAAGUGGAAUUUAAGAAGCUUUCUUUGUUUUCAUAAGCACUCUGUCAGACCCUUAACUCUUCUACUGAUAGAAGCCUUAGAUAUACAAUAUAGCUAUGCAAAUUGUUUUAAUAAUUUUUAAAUAGCAGUUCCAACUAGUGCUUUCUCUGGCCAGAUGCAUCCCAGUGAUGGAUGGUAAAGGGUUUCACCAACUGGAGUGGGCUCUCAGGUUGAGGCUAGUGCAGUAGUAGUGAGUUAGUCUGGAUUUACAAUUAGAACACAUUCAGAACCUGGGUUACAUUAAUACUUCUUGGCCCCUGGAGCACAGGGAUCCCAGAGAGGGGUGCGUGCGUGUGUGGGUGUGUGUGUGUGUGAUCUGAGGAAAGAUAUAGUUACUAGAGGGACAGGCCUUUGACGUUGCCAGAAAGUAAAUGGGUGUUUGGAGAGCAGUGCUUCUGUGCUACCUACCUAGUAGUUCCAGAGCGGGAGUCUUCCCUUCAGUCAGUAAAGGCCAUAAUUCUGGAAGACCGACCUGUCUGUCUAGAAAAGGGUUUCUCUGAUUUUGUGCAGCUCCUGUUGUGCAGGGCUACAGGUAAGAUGAUGGGAAAUUGAUGUGCAACCAGUUCCUUUUUAAAUGAACCUGAAAACAUACUGAUUCUCUGAUUUUCCUCUUGUUCUCUUUAUGUGUGCUGGUGGGCAAAUCUGUGAGCACACAAAACAUCUAAGGAAGCAGGAAGUAAGUGUCUUGGAGCUUGAGCACCUUGUUUUAAUUUCCUUGAUCAGAAACACUUGGUGGUUCUGCUGCUUAUUAUCCAGGCCUGAUAGACAGGUGGAAUGCUGACGGUUUGGGAAAGGCCGAUCAAGCUUAGGCAUUUUCGCUCAUCUUCCAUGGCAUAUUGUCAAGGGGGUCUCAAGUUCAUACAUCUGGGGUGGCCUAAGUUCUUACCUUGGGGAACAUUAUACUAAGUGAUUUGGGAUUAUUGUAUGCAAUGAUGGUUGAUUUCUUUUUCUUAAUGUCUGUGUGGAUAAAGACUGCUGGCUAGCUAUUUAAGAAAGGAAGUAAGUGAACUCCAUUGGAUCAGAUCUUUAUCAGAAGAUUGGAAAUUAGUGAAGCCCUUUUCCUUUAGACUUGUGAUGCAUAGCAUUUAUCUCAUCUCCUCACUCAUCAAUUUUCCUGGUCCUUGGAACUUUCUUGCCUAGGAAUUAAUGUGUAAACUCUAUACUCAUGAUUCAUAACUCCCACUUCAGGAGCAUGAAGCAAAGAGCUGCAAUAAGUCUUGCUGAUUAGUUGAAACAACCAAAUUUCAGCUAUCUGGGUGGGACUGUCAUUAGCCAGUUGUCAUCAGAGGACGGCUCUCUGUGUCGUUUGUUUAAGGCUAGCAUUCAUUGCUCUGGAACUGUCUUCAUCCCAUGAGGAAGGUCCUCUGGGGCUUUACAUUCCUUAUUCUGCUGUUCCUAUGAUAUGACCUCCUGCUUCUCAAGUUCCUUUUGAUUUCUCAGAUGACCACACUCUUCCUUGUGAGCCAUGGUCUUCACUCAGCUAGGUGAUUCUUCCCCUACCAAAGUUCUGAAAGGUCAUAACUCCCUCAAGGUACCCCCAGAAGACUUUCUGUCCUUCUGCUUACUAUGCCCUGGAAAUCAGCACCUCAAGGCCUAUUUGAGAAUGCUGCACUCUCUGUUGCUCACCUUUAGAUUCAGUUUCCCUCCUACUAACUCUUCUCUUCACCCUGUGUAUUCCACUGUGACUUCCUCAGUGUCUGCUCUGUGCCACUAGCUUGGCUCUAGACCUUUUAAGAAUACCUGAGUCUUACAACGAUGAACUUCAGCAGGCAGUUCUACCUUCUUUGCUCUUCAGGGACCCAAGUCUGUUCCUUUCCCCUCUUUGCAGGUAUACUUGAUGUAGUCACUUAGUGUGGUGGGGAGAGGUAGCCAGGUAGGCUGUGAUCUGCAGUGCAGAGGGAUUGGGAAGGAGCAGUUUGGGUAAUUUGCUACCACUACUGGGGAUGGUAUUCAGAUGAAAGGGGCACUUCAUACUGUGACCUAACCCAGGACCCUCCCUGGAAGAGAGAGCUCAGUCCAGCUGUGUGAGUAUGUGAGUGUGUGCGCUCAGGUGCACCUGAUAUAAAAUGACUAAUAUCUGGUUGCAUUACUCAGGGUGGGCUGGGGACUCACCAGAAAAAGCCCCUAAGCCUUCCCCAGACAGACCUUUUUCUUGUACCGGAGAAGGUCCAGGUGGGUUGAGGGGGUCUCAACGAUGGAUAACCACUAAGGCCACACUGCUGCCAGGGUGGGAGCGGGGAGGGAGAUGAGGUAGCCCUAAGGCCCUGGUACUUGGCUUUGGUUUUCUGUCUUCUUUCCUCAGGACGCCCCUGAGGCCUGGGACCUGUGCCUGGCUUAGAGGAGCAUCUGUGGCUGGGCAGUCCAGCUGCUGGUGUGAUCAUGGGCUUCCCUCCUCUCUCAGCAGGGCAGGCGCUUCUGCCGCAGAGACUGGGCAACUGGCUGUUUCUAUAACAUAUUUAUUUUUACUUGUGUUUCAUGUCACUUUUUUAAAAAAGCAAACAGAACAAUUGUAAGUCAGUAUAACUGCCUAUCAGUUUUCUUUAUUUCUCUUUUUGUAAAAUAAAGUUUAAACUCAAGAA